UCUGUAGAUGACCUGUUGGUGAUAACUGCUGCUACAGAAGAGACUGAAGGUUUUAACAGGUUUAUGCGAACGGCCCGAGAAUUCAACUACACUGUGAAGGUUCUAGGUUUAGGUGAGGAGUGGAGAGGAGGUGAUGUUGCUAAAACAGUUGGUGGAGGUCAAAAGGUCCGGUGGCUGAAGAAGGAGAUGCAGAAAUACAAGGAUAAAGAAAAGACCAUCGUCCUCUUCGUAGACAGUUAUGAUGUAAUCCUGGCCGGUGGUCCAGAGGAACUGCUGUGGAAGUUUUCCCGGUUUAAACACCGUGUGGUGUUCUCCGCUGAGGGGUUCUGCUGGCCCGACCAGAAACUGGCCCCCAAAUACCCCCCUGUCCACUCCGGCAAACGCUACCUCAACUCCGGAGGUUUUAUCGGCUACGCUCCAGAUAUCUAUGAAAUUGUGCAGCAGUGGAAACACAGAGACAACGACGACGAUCAGCUGUUCUACACGCUCAUCUACCUGGACAGGGAGCAGAGGACUAAGUUCAACAUGACGCUGGAUCAUAAAUCACGGAUUUUCCAAAACCUUAAUGGUGCCGUUGAGGAAGUGGUGCUGAAGUUUGAGAAAUCCCGUGUUCGAGCUCGGAACGUUGCAUAUGAUACACUUCCUGUAGUUAUCCACGGCAACGGACCGACCAAGCUCCAGCUGAACUAUCUGGGUAACUACGUUCCUACAGCCUGGACCUAUGAGAAUGGCUGUGGAAUCUGUGAUGAUGACCUGCUGUACUUCAAUGACGUCACGGAUGACGAAAUGCCGCUGGUUCAUAUCGCAGUGUUUAUAGAACAGACAACGCCUUUCAUGGAGGAAUUUCUGGAGAGACUGGCAACCAUGAACUACCCACAAUCACGCAUACGACUGUUCAUACACAACAAUGUGGUGUAUCAUGAGCAGCAUGUAGAGCGGUUCUGGAAUCGUCAUCGAUCUCUGUUCUCUGACAUUCGCAUCGUUGGACCAGAAGAGAACCUUCAGCAUGACCAGGCUAGAACCAUGGCAGUGGAGGCCUGCAGGAGUGACCCCUCGUGUGAUUAUUACUUCAGUAUCGACUCCGAUGUGGCUCUGAGCAAUGCAGAUACGCUGAGGAUCCUCAUCGAGGAGAACAAGUCAGUAAUCGCCCCCAUGCUGUCCCGUCAUGGUAAACUGUGGUCGAAUUUCUGGGGCGCUCUGAGUCCGGAGGGGUUCUACUCACGCUCUGAAGACUACAUCGACAUCGUGCAGGCCAAACGACUAGGUGUGUGGAACGUCCCGUAUAUAACACAGGUGUACCUGAUCCGUGGGGACGUCUUGCGCUCCCGUCUGGCUGGCGUCUCACUGUUCCAGCAGGAGGGGGCCGACCCAGACAUGAUCUUCUGCAGGGCCAUCCGAGACCAGGGGGUGUUUAUGUUCGUGUCCAACAGAGACGAGUUCGGUAGAUUGGUUUCCACCAGCAACUACAACACCAGCAGACUGCAUCCAGACAUGUGGCAGAUAUUCGACAAUCCUAUGGACUGGAGGGAGAAGUAUGUACAUGAGAAUUACUCUAAGAUCUUUGAGGACGCUGAGGACGUCGUGGAGCAGCCCUGUCCUGACGUCUACUGGUUUCCUGCCUUUUCAGACAGGAUGUGUGAUGAGUUGGUGGAGACGAUGGAGGAUUUUGGCGAGUGGUCUGGAGGAAAACAUAAGGAUGAACGAUUAGCUGGUGGUUAUGAAAAUGUUCCGACAGUUGAUAUUCAUAUGAAUCAGAUUCAGUUUGAGAAAGAAUGGCUCAAAUUUCUGAAAGACUACAUCGUCCCAGUGACAGAAAAGCUUUACCCAGGAUACUAUCCGAAGGCUAAUGCAGUGAUGAACUUCGUGGUUCGUUAUCGUCCAGAUGAGCAGCCGUCACUCCGUCCUCAUCACGACUCCUCAACAUUUACCAUUAACAUUGCGUUAAACAGUAAAGGAAAAGACUAUCAGGGCGGAGGCUGCCGAUUUGUUCGGUACAACUGUACAGUGGAAUCUCCGCGGAAAGGCUGGUCCUUCAUGCACCCGGGUCGUCUCACACACUUCCACGAGGGUUUACCCACCACUCAGGGGACUCGGUACAUCAUGGUGUCCUUCGUAGACCCCUAACGCUCCGCCUGAGUGUGCGUGUGUGCGUGUGUGUGUGUGUGUGUGUGUGUGUGUAAUUUAACACAGAUAUCAGUGUGUCCUCUGGAACUGUUGCCAUUCAGCUCCAGCACAGGCAGCGGGUUUGAUCCCUGGUUUAAUAGUUUUAUAACUGUAGUCUGAAUAUUGAAUGUUUUUUUUAAUUUCUUAUGGACUAUUUUUUACAUUCCUGUAAACUUUUAUACGAGGUCAGAAUGAGGAAUGAGUUAAAGCCCUAAAGCGAGAGAACAGUUACACUGAUCAGCGUUUCUGUCUUUUCUACUCUGAGCUUUGUACAAAGUGCUUUAAAUUAUUUGCCUUCUUUGUGUAAUAAAAGUUCAGUGGCUCAACUUUC